AUGACCUCCUCCAACCAAAGUGACAGCGUCGGCAGCACGCUGGGCAGCCUCGGUGCGAUGACCGCGUGCACGCUUGGCGCCGGGAUCGCAGGCGGAGUCCUCUACAUGGCAGUGCAGCGCAUGAACCGCGCGAGGGCGGCCAGCCGCCGCCUCUCUGAACUCAUCGCCGCCGCCACGUCGGCGGGCGAGGCUCGCAUCGUCAUCACCGGCGCCACGAGCGGCGUUGGGGAGGAGCUGACGCGAGCCUUCUCGCAGCACUCCUCCGUCUCGCUCCUCCUCGGCUGCCGGAACGCUGAGCGUGGGCAGCGGGUGGUGGAGGGCAUCACUCGGCGGGGUGGGCAGGCCAGGCUCGCGCCGCUUGACUGCCUGGACCUCGGGUCGGUGAAGCGGUUCGCGGGCGAGGCGAGCGCGUUUCUCGACGGAGGCGCCGACGGCUUGAGGCUGCUGCUCAAUAACGCCGGCGUGAUGCGGGCGCCCGAGGAUGCGUCGGCCGACGGCUGUGACGCCACGUGGGCGACAAACUUCCUCGCUCCGGCCGUGAUCGCAGAGACGGUCGCCGCAAACACGCGGCUGCGCGAGCGCGCGCUGAUGCUGUGGGUCGCUCUCCGCGCCGGGCCACUCUCCGAGCGCGGCACGCGGCUCGCCGCCACCACGCCGGGCAUGGUCGACACGCAGCUGGGCCGCCACUCCGUCCGGCCCCAGCUCUGGCCGCUCACCAAGCCGCUUCGCUGGCUGCUGCUCCGCUCGCCCGCGGAGGGGGCGGUCGCCGCCUGCGCCGCGGGGCUGCAGCCGCCAGAGGGCGGUGGGCCCGGAGGAGAGGGCGAGGCCGGCUGGUACAUGGACGGGGAGCGGACGCUGGAGCACCUGCCCACGCAGCGCGCGCUGAGCGAGCGGCCGCUGGCAGAGGCGGUGUGCGCUUGGGUGGGGCGUGUCUGCGGCGAGAAGUGA